AUGGAGAGGGUGGGCAGGAUGAUUGGCGAGGUGGCGGACGCGGUGCUCAAGCACGUGAGCGAUCGGAUGCCGGGGCUGGAGGCCUUCACCCUGGAGAUACUGGACACCAUAUUUGCGCCAAGGCUGGUCUUGAGGCACCUGAUGGUGGCCGUUGCGUUGCAGACGGGGCUGCUUACGUACAACGGCCUCGUCGUGGUGGCGAACCGGCUGCUGUCUAGGUUGAGCACGCGGCACGGAGAGGCGAAGGCCUACCGCCACAAGAUGCGCACCGCUAAGAAUUACGAGGAGUGGAGAAUGUACGCCGAACGAGUAGACCACCUGGAGGGACACGACGAGUGGAGGAAGCGUCCGGACUCUCUCCUCUACAACCACAAGGUUCUUCAGCAGCAGAUCAGCGACUUGAACGCGAUGAUCAACGCGGAGGACGUGUUCGGCCUCAUGUUCCGGUUGCGCUGCUCUCUCUCGAGAAAUCAGCACGGGAUGCUGCACGAGGGGCUUUUCUCGAGGGCGCACGCGGGCACCAAGGUAUUGGUCGAGCGAUACCACGAAGUUGUGUGUGAAGCUCUGCACUACGUCUGCGCCAAGAAUGCCGUGGCGCAGGACAUUCCCACAGACGCGAAACUGGCUUUUUUCAACGAGACCAGGCACGCGUAUGGGCGAACGGCCCUGAUGCUGUCGGGGGGCGCGGCGAUGGGAGUGUAUCACGCGGGGGUGGUCAAGGCCUUGUUGGAGAGAAAACUGCUCCCCCGGGUGGUGAGCGGGGCGUCCGCCGGGUCGAUCGUCGCGGCUAUGGUCGGGACCAGGACGGACGCCGAACUCCGCCCAAUGUUCGAUGGGAAAGGGGUAAAUCUAGAGUUCUUCCAGCCUCUUCGGAGAUCCUUCAAGAAGACCAGUGGAGACGACGACAAGUACAAGAACUCGGCGUUCUGGCAGCUGCUGGUGCCCCCGGGCCUUCGGUGGAUGGGGACGCGUCUCUGGAACGUGCUCCUCCACAGCGAGGGCUUCCUCAGCAUGGACACGGACUACUUCAAGAACGUCCUCCGGCACAACAUAGGGCCCUCGACGUUCCAGGAGGCCUUCGACCGGACCGGGCGCAUCGUGAACAUCACGGUGGCCCCGCAGAACAAGACGGACCCCCCCCGGCUGCUCAACUACCUCACGGCGCCCCACGUGCUGGUGUGGAGCGCGGCGGUGUGCUCCAGCAGCGUCCCCGGGGUGUUCGAGCCGUCCGUACUUCUCGUCAAGGACGCCGAUGGGAGCACGCACCCGGAAUCCGGACCGAUCGACAAGUUCGUGGACGGAAGCAUGGAGGCGGACCUGCCGAUGCAGCAGAUCAGCGAGCUCUUCAACAUCAACCACUUCAUUGUGUCGCAGGUCAACCCGCAUGCGUCCCUUCUUUCGACAAUGGCUCUCUCCAAGAGCGUUUGGAGCUCUCCAACGUACAGUUUCCUCGUGGGAAUCGUCGGAUUCCUGCAGACACAGGUGCGCAACUGGUUUCGCAACGUGAUUGAGUUCGUGUCGCACCGAAGGCUGGCUCCCGUGUGGGCUUCGAAGCGGGGCGGCAUCCAGCUCCUCACGCAGGAGUACGAGGGGCGUCACUGCGACGUGACUAUCACGCCAUGGAAGGGGGAGGAAAAUGUGCUCUCGUCCUUCGCCAAGAUGCUCAAGAACGUCAACACCGAAGAGUUUCACGUCAUGACGAUUGUGGCGGAGCGUAACACGUGGCCGAAGGUCGAGAUGAUCAGGAGCCACUGCGCCGUCGAGAUGUCCCUGGAGCAGUGCGUGCAGACCUUGCGGCGCCAGCUCACGGCCGAGAACCAGGUCCGAAUGCUGGCGGCCUCUCAGCACCCCUCUUCCGAGCAGCUACGGCGUGAAGGCCGCGUGUCGAGUUUCUACACGUCGAGGUCUCUCGUCAACCUUUCGGGACUGAGCGUGACGGACCCCAGCAUCGUCAUGGAGCAGCAGCCGCACCAGUACCCGUCGUCCUCGACCCUUGCGGCGAUCGGCAACGACAGCGCAAUCCUGGAGGAGAAGGACGGGGACGAUGGGGACGUAGGCCUGAACUACCUAGAGGGGCCGCUUCUCGAUGAGCGGCAAGACGAGCCGAACCGCAGCAACGGUAACCUCCACGGCCCUGGCCUCGGCGGCGGCCUCCUCACCCCCAACGGCGGCACGGGCGGAGGCACCAGCCUUCCUCACCGCGGCGCCGAGUGGAGAAAUCAGCCAGAAGGUGGAAGGAGGGAACACGAGGAGGGCGCUGCCAAUGGGUUGGGAAUUUACUCAACACUGGGGGGGGCAGAGCUAAGCCCGCCACCAGGCAGGGCGACGGCGGGCGCGGAUGAUGAUGCUGCCGCCGCUGUGUGGGCACGCCAAGAUGAACGCCGGGACUCUGGCACAGAUUUGGGGUGGCUCUCGCUGGAGCAGCUCGCGGAGAUGGGGCUAGCGAGCAGGGAGGACGUCGUCAAGUCAACCUCUAUGGCCAACUUCUACUACAGGCGAUCGAAGAGUCUGGAGGCCAGCAUGAACGAGAUGAGCCAGGUAUUACACAGAAAUGAGUCGAGCAAUCAGACGUCGUGCAAGGUGUGGGUGCACUUGAGUUUCGUAGCUCGCGUGUGCGUGAGCCUCGACAGACAUUAG